GAGAUCGUUUGUGCGGUGGUUUUCGUUAUUUGUAUAUUUUAGUUUAUUUCCAAGAAAAUUGUUAAAGGAAAUGUUAGCUGAUAAAGCAAUGGAACUUAUUAAGGAAUUGCAUAGAUGCAAGGAUACUUUACAACCUUUAAAAGAGGAUGUAAUGCAACAAGUAAUGGAAGAAAUGAAAGCACUCUUUGAGGAAAACCAAAAGGAUGUUGCCGAAUCUGUAAAUGAAGAUGUUCAACUUCACACUUCCAUUCAGUUUCGACAUUCAGUUCUUCUCAGGAAUAAAAGAUGUUUGUUAGCAUAUUUGUAUAAUCGACUAGAACAAAUUCGUGACAUGCGCUGGGCAUUUGGAAGUGCUUUACCAUCUGAUAUAUCUCAGUCACUAUCAGAAAGUGAGAUGGAAUGGUUUCAAAAUUACAGCAGAAUUGUGGCAACAUACAUGUCUACAAUAGGUGGUGGUAUAGGAACCGAUUUAUUUGAAAACCUUCAACCACCAAAAUCACUAUUUAUUCAGGAACUGGUGAUGUUCGGACAUCUUCUAUUUUCCAUCAUACCUUCUUGGGUCUUUAUCUACAACGGAAUAAGCGCUGGUAAAAUGUAG